AUGACCACACACUUAUUUGGACGCAAGAAAGAUGUUAGUUCCGCAUUGAAUGAGACACCUUUUUCAGGUUCCACACAAGUUACAAGUAUAAACACUGGUGGAGUCCAAUCAAUUUACAAUGAUAAUGAAAUGGCCCUAACUAAUAGAGUUGUCGAUAAUACAGACCAAAUUAAGGAUGGUUACGAUACUGAGGGGCAAAAUACCGCUUUUGAUAUUUUAAAAUAUAGUGAAAGCAAGGCUUCACCGGUGAUACUUGAUAUUAAUGAUGUGAACCUCGAUUGGGGAAGCACGCAGGUUAUAAUUGAUAUUGAUGAUACGAUAAAGUCUAGCGGAGGAUAUAGUUUGUUCAACGUACAUUUGGGUGGCAUAGAUACACAGUAUGAGAGGGGUGAGUUGUAUCCAGGGUCGUUUCAGUUCAUUCUGGAACUAUCCACCUACAAAAUUGGCAGUAAGAAGAAGCCCCUUAUGUUGGCCGUGCUGACUACUAGAAUUCCCCAGGUUCCAAUAACCAGUGAUUCAUUAUUGAAUACACGUUUCAAGCAAGUGGCCGAGAGAAGGGGGUUCAAGAAUUGGGGCAUUGACUGCCAAAACAAGAUACUCUACUCAACAUUCAAGGAAUGGGUUUGGUACGAUACGAGGGGAGAGAAGAAGUUUGUUAAUUUCAAACAGUUGCACAAAUAUGUUUCAGAUCAAAACCAGGAUGUACGGUAUAUAUGGAUUGGGGAUACAGGAGAUAAGGAUUUGGAGGCGGGGGAAAUGAUGAUUAAGCAUUUUCCGGGUCGAAUACGGGCUGUAUUUAUGCACUAUGUAAAUCACAGUUCCCAUGGUAACUUUUCUAAAUCAAUUCCAAACGACUAUUACCUCAAGUCAGUUCCCGUGCUAUUUUUCAGAACGUACGUAGGCGCUGCUAGAAAGGCUUUAGAGCAUGGAUUGCUAAAUCAUAACGCAUUGUCACGCGUGCUGGUUCAAGCAGUUAUGGAUUUGGAUGCAUGUAAGGACCAAGGUAAAUCAAAGUGGAAGGACCUGAUGAAGGAUGUCCUUGAAGCUGAAGAGGCGGCCAAUUUAAAGAGGUAUAACGCCAAAAUUGUGCUUAAAACACGGGAUAUUAUUAAGAACAAGAUCAAGGAAAUCGCAUCUUCUGAGAAUGUGUAA